AUGUCGACUGCCACAGAAAACCCAACCUCUCCCAACGCCAUCCCCAUCCGCUACAGCUCUGCCGGUGUUCCCAAUGGCAUUCAGCACCAACCUUCGAAAUCCGUCCUCAAGCCUCUUCCCGAAGACAGCUGGAUGUCUCCUAAGCACCAUUCCUUGCCUCCGACCGUGGGCCCACCUCCCUCCGAACACACCAACGGUCUGAAGCGCAGGCAUUCGAAAAAGAAAUCCGCUCCAGAAAACCUCAUGUCGAGACGCUUGGGGGAGUGGACACCGCAGAAAGAGAAGAUCAUCAUGGGACCAUAUGAUUAUUUGUUCGCGCAUCCCGGAAAGGAUAUCAGGUCCGCCUUGAUCAAAGCCUUCAAUGCAUUCCUUCACGUCCCGCCACUAUCCCUGGAUGUGAUUACCAAAGUGGUUGGCAUGUUGCAUACAUCUUCGCUUCUGAUCGACGAUGUGCAGGAUGGAAGUAUGCUGCGAAGAGGAGUCCCAGUUGCACACAAUAUCUUUGGCACGGCGCAGACCAUCAACAGCGCCAACUACGUCUAUUUUCUCGCCCUGAAAGAACUUCAGCAUUUGGAAAACAAAGACGAAGUAAUGGAAAUCUUCACAACGGAAUUGCUCAAUCUUCAUCGCGGCCAGGGAAUGGAGCUCUACUGGCGAGAUACGUUGACCUGCCCGACCGAGGAUGACUACCUCGAAAUGGUUCAGAACAAAACCGGGGGCUUGUUUCGUUUGGCCGUCAAGCUGAUGCAGGCCGAGUCUCCAGAAAAAGGCCGCAUUGAUUGCGUGCCGCUUGUUAACUUGAUGGGUUUGGUCUUUCAGAUAUGUGAUGACUAUCUCAAUUUGUCAUCAAGUGCCUACACAAAGAAUAAGGGGUUGUGUGAGGAUUUGACCGAAGGCAAAUUCUCCUUCCCGAUCAUUCAUUCCAUACGGAGCAACCCCUCCAAUCUGCAGCUCAUCAACAUCCUCAAACAGAAAACCACCGAUGAUGAGGUCAAGAGAUAUGCCGUCAAGUAUAUGGAAGGAACAGGAAGUUUCGAUUAUUCAAGGAAAGUCAUCCGAGAGCUGAAGCAAAAAGCCGCGGCGCUGAUUACGGAAAUGGAUGGUGGUUCUGGGAAAGGAAAUGAGGUGAAGUUGAUUCUAGACAGGAUGGAUGUGGAUCAGCCAUGA